CUUGGACAGGUCACGCUCUUCUGUUUGUCACCAGAGACCGGAAAUUCCCCCAACUUGCCGUUUUGUGGGGCGACUGGAAACGAAAACUGUUCUCAAAUAUCAGUUGGAGAUAGGAAAAUGAAAGGCGUUUGCACACGAUUUCCUGACAGUAGCCGCGGAACUCAACAGACAAAACCGGAUUAAUGGGCACGGCCAAUGGUGUGGGAAUCAUGUGCGGUUUCUGACGGAUUUUACAACCGGUUUUCUCACAAUGGUGCUCCAGUCUUCACUUGUCCUCUACCCGAUCAAAAUGUCUCAGAAAUUCGUUAAUCUCUCGCUGAGAUUACUUGUAUUUGCACUCAUUCUUGUGGUGGAAAGCAGAAGAAGUACUUUCAAUAUUACACGAUACACAGAAGGUGAUCUUUUUCAAAACAUAAACUCUUCCAGAUCUUGUAAUGAGAGUGGUGCGAGAUGCGUCCUCGAUGGAGAAAACUCGCCAUUUUGCGGGUUCAAUUGUUGUUAUUGUAACUGCGAGAGAGAGAAACCAACCUAUCUUCAAAGCAAUGGGACGUGUCACUCUGACGAGCAACUAAUGUCCAUUUUGAAAGCUCAAAGUGUUAUUCAAGGUUGUGAAUACCGUGCUGUUGUGGGCGACAGUUAUCGCCAAUGUCACCGUGAACUUCUCGCAACUCUUAACACAAGACAUCCUGGGAACAGAAGCGUUUAUUUGUGUCCAUGGAGCCAGAAACCUACUGUUGCCCUUCUACAUUUUAAACUUACCAAGGAAUUGUCGAGAUGCGAGAUACUACCGAAGGAAUCGCUUUAUCUUGAUGGUAGCUGGGAAAACUUUUUAUCUAAUGACAAACCUCUUUCGACACUAUCUGUCGAAAUUCAUCCAGAUCCUGACUAUGAUGAGAACAAGCUAUUUCUCAAAUGGACUAAUGACAUUGGAAAGCAGUACGAUGGACGCAUUUUCUCGCUCAAGUUGCGGUGUCAUGGAGACGAAGGAAACGUUUCAAAUUCUUGUUUGUUUUUCAAGAAGAAUGGAUCUCUUACUGACAUCGUACCAACCUCAAAGCCAUCGGUUAAAAGCACGCGUGUCUCAAAGCCAUCGGUAAAAAGCACCCGUGUCUCAAAGCCAUCGGUUAAAAGCAUCCGUGUCACAAGUACUCCUGUCCAGCGGAACACUAAAACAGGUGCAAAGACGUCAUCAGCCUCGACAGAAAUCAAUUUGGUUUCGUCAACCGUGCGCACUCAGAUUAUUAUUGUAACGUCACUUAAAGGCCACCAACAGAAGUUCAACAUAAUUUUCAUUGCCUUGGUGGCUCUGGGUUCUGCGUUGAUUGUUGUACUAACCUGCUUAGUCGUAAUUUGCAUCGUGUGGAAACGAAAAAGACGUUUUGCAAUAGCGAAAAGAGCCAAACCUGCAAGUAACCCUGUUUACGAGCGAGGGGCUUCGGACACGUUAAAAAUGGCGAAACUCUCGGUUAGAAGUGGCGAAGAAGUCGAGGAAGGACUAGAAUAUCAGCCACUGGUUGAGAACACCAAGCCAGCUGAGCGCUCAGACAGUCUACCGGGAUACAGAUCGCUGUCUGUUGGUCAGAGACCCGCUAACGGUAACAGUCCAGGGAUUCGUUCGUCCAAUUACCUCAGUUUGAUACAGGAUGAACCUCAAGAUGAAAGAGACUAUCAAACGCUGGUUGACAACGCCAAUCCACAGAAACUGGAGACCGUUGAUGAAGAAAAGAUUCCGGACUACCAAGAACUAGAAGAGAGAACUGAUAGUGAAGAUUCAUUUGAAACGUCUCCUCACCAUUCUGUGGAUUCCUACUCGGAUCAUGAAGAACCUCCAGCGGACACGAUUCUGAGGAAAAUAAAAUAUCCUGCAACAACAAAACAACCCGUAAAUGGUUUGUCUUCAGACUUUCAUGAUUAUGAUGAACCAGAGGGUAUUAUUGUUCUAUCAGAUAAUGAGGAUAAUCAUGAACAGGCAAUAAAAGACAAUACUGACUUCCACGAUUAUGCCGACCUGGAUGAUAAUCCCGAGCAGGCAAUAACAGACGAUGUUAACUAUCACGAUUACGCUGACCUGGACGAUGACGAUGAUGAGGUGGAUAACAAGAACUGUCACGUGGUACCCGAUGAAGAUUCUUCGUGCUAUCAUGACUAUGCCGAUCCUGACGAGUAACGAAAGUCACUUACUUUUUAAAAUGUCUAGAGAGAGGUUAGGCAUUUUAAAACAUCGUGGUAUCCGAGAGUGCGACUGACAGUAGUUAACAACAGGAUUCAUCUUAGUGAAGUUUGGAAAUUGUCAUCAACUUCGCCAGCAUUGUUCAUGAAAAAAAUUACAGCAGAACUCUGUCUGUUUGCUAUCAAGAUGUUUUGUCAUUUGCCAUUGUCAUUUUUUUAAAUAACCCAGUCUACAGUCGUCGUAAAAGUAAAUCGAGGAUUGAGAAAAACUACAAACUUGCUCGAAGUUAACUACAGUUCAAUUUUUAUCGUGUAUGUUUAGUAGCAGAAAUUGCCGGCAAGAACAGAUCUGCUGCAUUCUUGUGGUUUCAGAUUGGCCAGCGACAAUCUGAAGAUCUUCGGUACUAGUGGUUCUCCCAACAGCUCCAACGUCCUUGUU